AACCCGCGCAAAUAAAUGUCUGCCCAACGCUGCUCCUCGUAGAACAGGACCAUAGUGUUCAUUCACCGCAUCAUGCCGGUAACCUUUGGCGCCGUGGGCGAUAUCAUUUCAGUCUGCCUGCUUGUGAAAGAUCUUGUCGAAGCGCUCGACAAGGCUCGAGGCUCGAAGGUUGAGUAUCAGUCUGCUAUCCGUGAAUUAUGGAUACUGGAUCGCGCACUCUUGGAGAUCGAUUUGCUCAACAGGCAAUAUGGUGAUGGAUCGACUCCUGAACUGCGAAGUCUAUGCGAAACUGCGAAGCACGCCGUGGCUAGAUGCCAAGGUCUUGUUGCCACCUUCUUGGAGAGUGUUCGGAAAUACCAACGUACAUUUGACGAAGGUCAGAAGCCAGGUCUGGUCAAAGAGAUAGCAAUGAAGGUCCGCUGGCGAAUUGGAGAGAAGGAGGCACUCGACCAUUUUCGUGUGCAGAUAGCAGGUACUAGCACGAGCCUCCAGAUGCUGUUAGUCACAGCAAGUGUCAAGAUGAUGGCGAUGAAUCGAAAAGAAAUCAAUGAUAAACUAGACCGGGCUGACCGACGACAUGAGUCUACCGAUUCCGCACAGGAUGCGAUACUAAGCAGCAUCAAGGAUCGUAUCGAAGACGCGAAAGACAGCAUCGAUGCAGGCAAUUCAAUCCUAGGAAAAGUGACGGAAACUCUCAGGCUAAACUGGCUUCGCCAAUUGGGAUCGGAGCUAAAGUGCUUGAUGCGUGGGGCGAUUGCAAUGAACAUCGCUACGUAUCGAGCGGUGAUCAGCCUUCAAACAUCCCUCCCAAGCCGCCUAGAGCGAGGACUCAUUGAGGAGCCAUUCCUCCUAGAAGACCCGAUAGGUCGGAUAGCACCUGUUCACCUGCAGUUUGUUACAUCCUGGGAAGCCUUCAACAGCAUUCUUGAGAUACGGUUUCAGAGUGUACAAGGACACAUCAAAAUGAAAGAGCGGAUGUAUGGACUACAGGAUGGAGCCACCGGGAGAGAAAUAGAGCAGUCUCGAAACUGGCAAAGCGCAUUCCUGCCUGGACAACGAGUCGAGAUGAGUUUCAUAUUUCACAGUGAUGAACCUGCGAACGAAGGUUUGGAUAGGGUGGUCUGUCCCGGCUGCCAAACAUCAUCCUCGAACUCCACCGAGGCAGAUGUACACUGUCAGAACUGCCUCAUGUGGUUCCGAAGGAUUACUGUUGUUGAAGAGGAGGACUCCUUGCCGCAGUCCUCCUUGCUAGAACUAAAGCCCGGGCUUGACGAAUCGAAACCCUCCGGACAACCAAGUACAUCUUUCACGGCCGGUAAGAGACGGUUUGAACAUGACGAUAUCAAGGAGGAUGAGGACAUGAGAGAGUUCAAACGGGUAAGACUCAUAUCGACGAAAAAGCGGGUUGGCCAUCAACGUUCUGUCACCACCGAGGAUGUUACAAGAAAUCCCUCUCCGCUCACGCUCACGCCCCCGCCUCCAACCACCAGUAAAUCUGGGAUGGUCGACAAACUUGACUUAGAUUUCGAUAACACCGGCCAAAUCGCGCCCCCUGGGCUCGCGCCACGUGUCCAUGCCUCCUUGUGGGAAGAUGAGGGAACUCUUUGCUUCGAAGUCGAGUCGAAGAGUGUACGCGUCGCACGCCGCGAAGACAAUCACAUGAUUAAUGCUACAAAGUUACUCAACGUAGCCGGCAUGAAUCGAGGACGCCGAGACGGCAUACUUAGAGCUGAAAGGACUCGCCACGUUGUCAAGCUUGGUCCAACGAAUCUCAAGGGUGUUUGGAUUCCAUUCGAACGAGCACUCGAAUUUGCCAACAAAGAGAGGAUAACUGAACAGCUCUACCCUCUCUUUGUGUAUGAUAUCGGAGCUUUAUUGUAUCACCCUGCAAAUCGGACAGGGGGAAAGGCGUCAGCAAUCGGAAAACUUGAGACUGGGCUAGGAGCAGAUAAUCUGGACCAAACACAGGAAGGUAAUUCUUAACUGGAAAGUAUUCAUGUUGGAACGGGUGCGUCAAGUUGACAGGUUGAGAGAACUUUAUAGCGGAUGAAGUAGGCAGCAAAGCAAAAGUAUGUGCCCACUGAGGUGAUAAGGUUUCGUGUAGACGAACGGCACGUGAGAGCGUUUGAGUUCAUGAACGAACGUCUGAGAAAUGUCAGCAUUGGCAAAAGAUGGUAAUUGUGGACGAAACCAAACUUAUCGUCAUCCCGAAAUCAUCAUAGAGAAGAGGUACAAGAAGGAGGCAUAUCCUCUCUUCUCUUUCUUCCUAAUUCGCUCCUCAGCAACCAUCAAGUCAUCUCCUCGCUAUACUUUAUCUCUUCCUCUGCUCUUUCAUUAAUGAAGAUGUUUCUCCCCAUCGUUUUAUUGGGGCUAUCGCAGCAAGAAUGCUAAAUCGUCUUCAAAGACUGUGCCGCGAUACAUGGCUGAUACUCACUUCACCGAUGCAGUGGGGUAUAAUCGG